AUGGAAGAUGCGCCCCAUGUGACUCCCCGCCAGAUCUGGGCGAACCCGACGACGACCUCGACCAAGACCUAUUCGUCAGGCUGUACCCCGUUCGUCUUACCUAGCAAUGGAGUCAUACAUGUCAACAAUUCUUACGCUUUCACCCUCACCGAUAAUGCCGUCUAUGAACCAGUCUGCACUGGCGAUCCAAUGGAUUAUACCCAUGUAUCGGCGGUCCUCGACACCCGCGAUCCGUUCUACUCUUCCGUCACCCCCCAGCUAUACGCGAUCGGCUGCGCAACUGUUGUCAGCUACGUCCUCGUUAUAAUUCUCCUCAUCACUCCCCGAACAUUCUUCAUUGGUGGCCCCGGCGGCGGCGCAAACUUCCUUGGAAGACAUGGCAUGAUCAGUGGUUCAUAUAGUGGGAACUCGUCUGUCGUCGGAGUCGGAGGUCGGCCAUGGCUGCAGAAGGUAGCGGCGAUCCUCGUCGCGAUAUCACUGACUAUUGCCACGGUGGACUCUUUCAAAGUUGCCGACCUACAGUACACAUACGGAUACUCAGAUGCUGAGGCUCUAUCGGAAGAAGUUAUUGAUGGGACGGAGAUUCGCAUCGUUCGCGUGAUCUCAAGUACAUUCCUCUGGCUGGCGCAAGUCCAGACCUUGAUUCGCCUUUUUCCCCGACAUAAGGAGAAAGUGAUGAUCAAAUGGGCCGGAUUUGCGCUAAUCGUGCUAGACACAACGUUUAGUGUCUUGGAGAAUUUCUAUGUCAAGAAUACCUCUCCACGACCCCGGCUAUACGAUGAUGCGAUUCCUGCGCUCAGUUACUUAUUUGAGCUGGCACUCAAUCUUUUAUAUGCCGCAUGGGUUAUUUUCUAUUCGAUUUCGAAACACCGCUACGCCUUCUUCCACCCUAAGAUGCGCAAUAUUUGUUUUGUGGCUCUUUUGUCAUUAUGUGCGAUUUUGAUACCGGUGGUUUUCUUCGUGAUGGAUAUCGCACGCCCUGAAAUCGCGGGGUGGGGUACCUAUAUCCGAUGGGUUGGCUCCGCUGCUGCGAGUGUGGUGGUUUGGGAAUGGGUAGAGCGCAUAGAAGCGCUAGAACGCGACGAAACGAAAGAUGGAAUUCUUGGAAGAGAGGUCUUUGAUGGGGACGAGAUGCUCGAAGUGACUCCGUCCGAGGAGGUUGACUGGCCUCGCUACGCCCCAAGAAACGACAAAGGAGGCGGAAGCGGAUUGGCUCAUCGUCCUCUCCGAACUCGCGUUGGCAUCCGUGGAACCCGGAAUCGGGGCGCCCAAGCCAGAGUGCCAAAUUCCAACAAACUUGCAGCUCCUCGGAACCCGAACAACCCUCAACCUACUCCACCUCCAGCUACCACAACACCGGUCAGCCGCACGGACACCACUAGCGCCGCAAGCACGGUAUAUAAUGUCCACUAUCAUCCAGUUGCCAGCCCGACACCACCCGUGGCGAUGCCACAGAUGGAAGAAGAAGAAGAAGAAUUUGAGGAGGACAAGGAAAUCGAGAUCGAGGGAGAUUGGGCACCCGAUGUCGAGAACAAUCUACCUCCCGAAGAAGCCAGGGAACAAUCACCGCACAUCGCCCCCGCCGAUCCGCGCUGGCGCAAUCUCAUCAAUCAUUUCAAACGAAGACGCGCAUCCCUUCCCCGAGAAGUGGCCUUCGCUCAAGCCGUCGAAGAAACAAUACCAGGAAGCGAAGGCUACUCAUCCGAUGAAGGCCCAGAUGCACAAGCCUCGCAGGCACGAAUCAACAACUCCUUUUUCCAGCGCAAAGGGCUCUCCAGCGCCGGCCAGCAAAAUCCCAACGCACCCCUACCCGUCACCGUCAUCCCUGCCCGACGCCGCGGCCAGCACACCUGGUCUCCCCAGAACCAUCUGCUGGAACCAUCUACACCACAUGAGCCCCAGCCCCAGCCCCAAGCCCAGCCCCAGCUUCGUCCUGGCCGCUCUGAUCUGCCUGUACGGGUCAUUCCAUCCCAGCCACAAGCCUCGGCCCCCUGGACCGAUGCGGACAUGGAGCACGGCGGCAAUUACGUCUUGCGCUAUGAUCCCGAAACAGCCGAGUUGAUCGAUGAAGACGUAAGUCAGAUUCGAGACCGCGCUCUCCCCGGUGACCAUCUGAGCUGGACGGAGUCGACGACCUCGGAGAGGAACGAUGCCGGUCGUGCUCAAGACGCGCAGCAUCGACCCGGUCAUGGGAAUGAAUCGUCCUGA